AUGUUCCACCGAGAAGUUUACGAAGCAAGCCCCCGGACUGCUGGCACAAACUCGGACGUUCAUGCCUGUCCUCGCCUCUGCCAGCACCCGAGCGCGGUGCUGCGGCAGGUGAAACCCCCCGGAAAGAAGCAGCGCUCCCCGCCGCACGGCGCACAGCCACCAAAUGGAUCAGUGAAGGAGGAUUGUGCCCUCCCUUCUCCCGUUGCCAAGGUUAAUCAUUCUGUACAUCUCCCGGCUCCCAUUACAGGCCACGGCCUCGCCACCCUCACCUCAGUGCUGACCCCGUGCCGCCGGUGGGCCUUGCCCGGGCUCCAGCAGUGUCCCGCUGCCGCUCCGCUGAGCGCCGCGCCGCUUGCCCGCCUCUACGCCGCCGCCGCCGCCGCCAAAAAUACAAAAAGAGGCUCGCAAAAGGCCAAGAAGGAAGAAGCCCAGAAGAAAAAAGGACGUGGCAGGCGGCUGUUGCUGAGCAAGCCUGUGGAUGAUGUGUACUUGACGUGGUACUACGAGCGACCGUCCUACCAUGUAGAAGAAGCUGUGGGUAUGUUAAAGAAAUUUCAGGAACUGGACUUCACAUACCCAAAACAGUUUGUGUAUAUUAAUGUGACCCUAGAUAUGGAACUACAGAAGAAGAAAAAAGUGGAUCAGUUUGCAAGCAUUGUUCUUCUUCCAUACCGCUUUACAGAUGAGACAAAUAAGGUCUUGGUUUUCACGGAGAAUGAGCAAGAAGCUGAAAUAGCUCGAGAGAAUGGAGCUGCUGUUGUAGGAGGCAUUGAAUUAAUCAAAUGGAUUUUGGAAGAAGAAAUUCAAGUGGAUUUCUACAUAGCUGUUCCUGCAAUAAUGCCUAAACUGAUACCGUUAAGGAGCAAGCUAAAACAAAAAUACCCCAGCACAAAAAGAAAUUCCCUGGGCCAUGAUAUUCCCAAAAUGGUACAGUUCUUCAGAGAAGGUCUUGAGUACAAGGUACAAGAUGAGCAUCUAAUCAAGACAAGGAUAGCAAGACUGGAUAUGCCUACUGAGCAGAUCGUUGCCAAUUUGAAAACAAUUAUUGAGGAUAUCUGCAAGUUCAAGCCAUCAAGUGCUGGUCCUUUUGUGAAGAAGCUGGUUAUUAGAUCUUCAACCAGUGAGGGUUUACUAUUGAACCUUGAUGGACUUCUCCCUGAAGCAGAGAAAGUAGAAGAAAAAGAAGAAGAAACUACAGAAGAUGAUGAAGAAAAAUCUGUCCAAGAGUCUGUUAGUACCUGAUGCCUUUCCUUGUGCGUCUGAUCAAGUUUGAAAACCAGAUGGUGUUGUUCAAAUCAUAUUCUGUGAAAAGAAAAAAAAUAAAUCUGUGACUCUGAUUUUUAAAAA